AUGAACUUUUUAUACAAAAAACAAAUUACAAUAUGUAUUUUCAUAUGCAUAUUUUUACUAAUUGGGAGUGUUCAUAGUAUUUUUUCAAGUAAAGAUGACAAUGCUGCAGACCACCAACCAAUAUCUGUAAAAACAUUUUUCGAUCAUUUGAGGAAUCUAAAAGAUCCUAUCCAAUAUGUAAAAGUCCUUGGAACUAUUGAAAGGUUGAAACAGAUGACAUUCGUACAGGAAGAAUUAAGACUUCAAUCAAGUCAGCAGCUGUUAGUUGCUCAAGAACGCAAAGAGCUUUUAAUAAACCUAUAUCGUCAAUUAUUUGGACUAAGCAAACAUUAUAAUAUCAAGAAAGAUUUAACUGCAUCAGAAAUUAUUAAUUCGCUAUUGCAACAUUUCACUCCUAAUGAACUUCCUAAUCAACUUCAGAAUCAUUUGCCAUAUCCAAAUGAUGUAAUCGCUCCACGACAACAAAACUAUCAUGAACGUUUGGCGGGAUUUGUUUCUUUUACGAAUAUAAUUUGGUUUAUGUCUAUCUCAUUAUUCGUAAUUUCUUUGUCAAUAUUAUUCAGAAAUUGGAUUUUCCCAUUAAUAUUGGAUUUCAUAUUUUGGGUUCCGGUCUAUGUCUGGGAGUUUCUUGCCCAUGCUAUUUGUUUUUUUAUAAUUUUCAAUGCACGUAUUUACGAUGCUGGCACUUCACGAAGAGAUUACAUUGCAUUAACUGGUUGCAUUCUAUGGUCUCCAAUAUGGAUGUGGUCAUUUUCUCGACGAAUAUCAGUUUUUGAGGACUCAUAUAGAUAUACUCAGAGAAUACUCGUUGUAAUCUAUGCCUUUAUCGCUAUUUUAUAUCAAGUUCAUAUAAUAGGUACAAUGACGAUUUUUACUGCUUUAUCUAUCCUUGGAUUUUCAGGAUAUGUAUGUAGUACAAUGGCAGUUAUUGGAUUCAAUUCACAAGAUGCGUUG